AUGAGGGCGGUCGUGAUUGACGGCGAUGCUGCACGCGUUGACGAUCAACGUGCUGUCCCGAAACUCCAAGAUAACCGUAUACUUGUGAGACCCGUUGCCGUUGCGCUGAACCCAACAGACUGGAGGCAUAUCAGAGGGGGCAGAGCUCGCGAUGGCUGUAUACUGGGCUGCGACUAUGCUGGCGUUGUGGAGGCUGUAGGAAAUGCCGUCACCAAACCGUGGAAGCCCGGCGACAGAGUCUUCGGGUGUGGUCACGGCGCCAACCUCGUCAAUCGGGAUGAUGGAGUCUUUGCGCAGAUUGCAUCGGUCGUAGGGGAUUUACAAAUGAGGAUUCCCACACGAAUGAGUUUCGAAGAGGCAGCCACUCUGGGGCUGGGAUCCAUCACUGUCGGGCAGGGUCUGUACCAGAAAGCUCUGAAGCUGCAACUACCAGCAACGGACAAUAAACGCGAGAAAAACGGCAUCCAGGUUCUAGUCUACGGCGGCGCGACCGCUACUGGAGCUCUGGCUGUCCAAUUUGCAAAGCUCCUAGGCGCCGAUUUCGUCAUUGAUUACCACGUCGCGGACGCUGGGGAGCAGAUUCGCCGGCUCACGAAGAAUCAGCUGCGGUUCGCAUGGGAUACGGUCAGCGUCGCGCAGUCGGCCUCGCUCUGCGCCAAUGCCUUGACCACCUCGCCACAGCUACGACCCGUCUACGGAUCCAUCUUACCUAUCGAGAGUCCACGAGAGGAUGUCAAUACUGUGUCCACUGUCAUGUACACUGCCUUCGGCAACCGCUUCAAGUUUGGCACAAUCGAGAUGCCAGCAAGCGGCGAGGACUUCAGUUUCGCCAAACAUUUCUUCCAUCUAGUAGAGAACAUGGUUACUCAGGGGGGUUGA